UGCAUCUACGAAGAAUCUAAACUGGAAAAAAAAAAAAAAGAAAGAAAGAAAGAAAGAGCAAACAGGAACAAGACACCAUGGACUCUCACAUGAACAACCUCCUCAAAUGGAGUAUCGAAAACUCCGUGCCCGCUCAGCCCGACGAUCCAGAGCAAGUCAAACAAGAGCGCUCCCUCGACCGCCUGGACACACAGGCUCUCCAGCGCCUGCUUAGCAAUGCCCCCUCCGACGCAGACCUCAUGAAAGCCGCCAUGGAAGUGGUCAGCGACGACUUCGCCACGCUCGAAAACAAGCUCAUCGCAUUCGACAACUUUGAGCAAUUGAUUGAGAACCUUGAUAAUGCGAAUAAUAUGGGGGUGCUGGGGCUGUGGACGCCGCUGGUAGAGGCGCUCAGCGAUGCGGAGCCGCAGAUGAGAAAGAUGGCGGCGUGGUGUAUUGGGACGGCGGUGCAGAACAAUGAGAUGGCACAAAAUAAGCUUCUCGACUUUAAAGCGGUUCCCAAACUGCUCUCAUUGGCAAAAACGGAUCCGGAUACAACUGUUCGCCGCAAGGCCAUUUAUGCAUUAUCAUCUGCCGUGCGGAAUCACCAACCUUCACUUGAUGAGCUGCAAAAACUUUUGCCAGCUGACUAUGUCUCCGAGGGUGAAAAGAUGAACGCUGCUGACAUGGACCGUAUAGAUGCGAUUAUGAAUAAAUUGAAAGAGAUUCCUGCAUGACAACUUUUUCUUCUCCUAUUUACUUUUCACAUAUAUAAAGUUUUGCGUAUUUCCUAUAUUUGCAUCAUGGGCUUGAGGAGGUUGGGCAAAAGAAAUCAUUGCAUUUUGAUUAGAUGGGUGAACGGCAUUGCUGCUUUGGGCGUUGGGUCAUUCCAAGGAGAUGGUAUUCCGUACUCUGUAAGGAGAUGUGAUGUGAUGUUACCGGCAAUAAACCAGCUGGUUUCCGCUAGAC